AUGAAACUGGUGGGGUUCGGUACCUCCAACAAGAAUAAGAACCACUGUGUUAGCCUAUCCUAGCACUCCUGCUUGUUAUGUAAGACUCCAUUUCCCACAAUACACUCGCUCUUCUCAACCCUCACUUUAGAGGCGGGGCCAGUUGGGGUUGUGACAAGAGUAGCAACAGCAUGGGCGACAUGUCAGCCAGUCAAAGUCACCACUGUGCGAGUGAAUGACAAGAUGACUUGAAAGUUAGUGUCUUUGUUGCAUUAGUUAGAUAAAUGCUGCCUCGACGUGUUUUCUCUGUUUAAGAACCCAGAGUUGUCUCGCAGAGAGCCAACAGCUAGCGAGUGUCAUCCAAGCUAAUGUUUGGCUAACUUUUAAGCAAAGGGGCGUCUAGAGAAUUCCGCUGGAAAAGUACAAAGCUUUGGAAUCUGUCCUUCUGGUGUCAAAUCAGGGUCAUUGCUGCUUCCUCCUGGUGGUUGGAUUCAUGAGUGCACACCGAGGCAGCAGAGAAUAGUCCUCUGGCAUGGGAAGUGGAGUCCAGGAGCAACGUGCAUCACCCAGCAAAGAGGAUGGGCUGCCGCGGGCCUCCACUCAGGCAGAAGGCACGAAGCAGAAGACCCCCUCCGUCGUCAUCACGCUCUUCUCGGGGGCGGUCGCGGGCGCUGUGGCCAAGACAGCUGUCGCUCCGUUAGACAGGACUAAAAUCAUCUUCCAAGUGUCUUCAGCGAGAUUCUCUGCCAAAGAAGCCUACAAAGUGAUCUACCGCACGUACUUGAAAGAUGGCUUCCUCAGUCUGUGGAGGGGCAACUCUGCCACCAUGGUGCGAGUCAUCCCGUAUGCAGCCAUUCAGUUCUGUGCUCAUGAGCAGUACAAAAGUCUCCUGGGGGAAUAUUACGGCUUUCAGGGAAAGGCCCUACCUCCACUUCCAAGGUUACUGGCUGGAUCCUUGGCAGGCACCACUGCCACCAUGUUGACGUAUCCUCUGGAUAUGGUGCGAGCUCGCAUGGCUGUGACGCCAAAGGAAAUGUACAGCAACAUCUUGCAUGUGUUUGUGAGGAUCUCUCGAGAGGAGGGCCUGAAGACACUGUACCGGGGUUUUGCCCCCACCAUACUGGGCGUGGUCCCCUAUGCCGGCCUCAGCUUCUUUACCUAUGAGACGCUGAAGAAGCUCCAUGCAGAGGAAAGUGGGCGGCGAGAACCUUACUCCUACGAACGGCUGGCCUUCGGCGCCUGUGCGGGCCUCAUUGGUCAGUCGGCGUCUUACCCUCUGGACGUGGUGCGGCGGCGCAUGCAGACGGCGGGCGUGACGGGUCACACUUACGGCAGCAUCCUGGGCACCAUAAAGGAGAUCAGGUCUGAGGAGGGCGUGGUCAGAGGACUCUUCAAAGGCCUCAGUAUGAACUGGGUUAAAGGGCCCAUUGCGGUGGGAAUCAGCUUCACAGUCUUUGACCUCACCGGGAUCCUCCUGAGCAAGCUGCGCCAGAUGAGCCACACGUCUCAGUAAUGGGGGGAAAACGUGCUGGUCGGACUUUGCGGAGAGAGUGUGUGAGGAGUGUGUGCCAAGCAAACACACACACGUGGGGUGAGUGUGUCCUCUACAUGAUGACCAUGUCCACACUGUUAUGUGCUUCAAAGUGCAAUAUGCUGCGUGUGCUUCUGAUCUGUGCUUCAGUUUGAACUGACACGGUAAACACACACACACACACACACACACACACACACACACACACACACACACACACACACACACACACACACACACACACACACACACACACACACACACACACACACACACACACACACACACACACACACACACACACACACACACACACCCACACACGUACACACGUACACACUCGUCUACAUGAACUAACGCCUUCCAAUACAAUGCAAGCUGCCAUUUUUUGAAAAGAUCAAUAUAGAAACUUUCGCCACAAUUAGAGCUACUUUGACAAAAUGCAAAUAGGGUUUCUAUGUACACUACAGGCCAAAAGUUUGCACACACCUCAUUCAAUGCGUUUUCUUUAUUUUCAUAACUAUUUACAUUGUAGAUUGUCACUGAAGGCAUCAAAACUAUGAAUGAACACAUGUGGAGUUAUGUACUUAACAAAAAAAGGUGAAAUAACAGAAAACAUGAAUCAAAAUAGCCACCCUUUGCUCUGAUUUCUGCUUUGCACACUCUUGACAUUCUCUCGAUGAGCUUCAAGCGCACCUGUGAACGGAAAACCAUUACUGGUUACUACUUCUAGAAGCCAUCCGCAGCAUUUAUUUAUAUGACCCAAUGCAAACAACCCUCUAUGGUGCAAAAAAAAAUAAAAAUCCAACCAACACAAAAUCUUAACAAACAUGGUCUCACACAACACAACCUGCUCACUGAACUUUGCGGACAUUUAAAAAACAAGUUCAUUCGCCGUAAAAAAAUACACCCUUUGCACACUCUUGGCAUUCUCUCGAUGAGCUUCAAGAGGUAGUCACUUGACAUGGUUUUCACUUCACAGGUGUGCUUGAAGCUCAACGAGAGAAUGCCAAGAGUGUGCAAAAAGUAAUCAGAGCAAAGGAUGGCUAUUUUGAAGAAACUACAAUAUAAAUCAUGUUUUAGGUAUUUCAUCUUUUUUUUUGUUAAGUACAUAUUUCCACAUGUGUUCAUUCAUAGUUUUGAUGCCUUCAGUGACAAUCUACAAUAUUAUAACAAUAUUAUAUUAACAAUAUUAUAACAAUAGUCAUGAAAAUAAAGAAAAGCUGUGACCAAAUUUUUGGCCUGUACUGUAUAUGACGACAACAUUGAAUUAUACUUUACCAACAAAGCAGAUCUCCUAUUGUUUCUUAUAACUCUUCAAUUUUGAAAUUAUGAUGAAAAUCAUCAUUUAUUACUACAGAUGUAAAAAAGAGGCAUCAUUUCUGCAAUGUUUGGCCCUUUGCUCUCGAAUAUAUAUGAGAUUACAACAUAAAUGUGUUGUCUGUGAAAUAUAUAAAGGUGCAUUAAUGAGAUCUUGAAUGGAGAAUAUCACUCCAGUUCAGCCCAAAGUCACCUAAAAAUUGAAUUAUGCUUCCAACAGCAUAUAUUGAUGCUUGCUAGCACAACAAUAGCAAGUGUUUUACUGUUUCGUUUAUUUUUUUAAAAAUCCCAGCUGCACAAAUAUUUCUAAAACCUUUGAAAUGUGUUCAGUUGGAUUUUAGUUGAGUUUGUGAGUGUUUUAAGUCUAGAUGAUAUGGUGAAGAACAUAAUAUCCCCCAUAUUGACAUCAUAUACAUUAAAAUUCACAUUUCCAUUAUUAAAUCAUGUGACCUUUUUUAAAGUACUGACUAGAUCAUAAGGGCAGGGAAAAGGUAUUGCACAAUAGUUGUCUAUCCACCUUUUACCUCAACACAUCAGCGUCAACUGACUGUUAAGCAGGAUGACCGGCAGAGAGCAGCGGAGUGUCAUAAAGCAGUGGUCCCCAACAACCGGUCCGGGCCGCACAUCAGAAACAUGAAAUAAUUUAAUUUAAAUUAAUUGAAAGGACUGCAUUUUCUCCGACUCAACUUUGGCCUGUCCCACUGGACACAGCAAUAAGCUUGUUUAUAGAUGUACAAUGAAUUUCCUCAUAGGAAGUUAUAUUUGUUAUAACUUUGUGACUUGAUACGAUACACAUUAAUCAACAUAUAAAUGUGACAGAUUGUAACCGAAGGCUGAUUUCCAUCUCGUUGCAAAGAAACAAGUCCAGGGCUCCCACUAAUUCAGCGUUCUAGUGACUUGUAUUUUUGCAGUAUUAUCAGGCACAAGUGGAAAGCCGGUCCUUGAAAAUAAUGAAUGCCUACAUCAAAGCGAUCAGACGACCCCUCUCAGAUAUUUAUUACAUGUAAUAUUUUAUUACCGUAAUCAUGUUUAUUUAAGAUUUGUGUUGAAUGCUCUCACAUACUUGAAAAAUGUCAUAGAAAGUCGCUGCGGAAGAAAAUUGACGGUGCCUUGUGGUGUGCAACUUCAUCUAUUGCAGGAAUAUUCAAUAUAUUUGUUGUCUAGAUGGUUUACGUUUGAAGCAAAAGUGCCUGGCAAGGAACACUACUAUGAGUCUCACUGACUGAGCUACUAUUUUUGAAAAGGAAUUUUCCAGGUUCUUUGUGAUGAUUCAGCAUGUAGUUUAAGUGUUAUUAGGACUGACUGUAUUAGUCCAGUGUUGUUUCCUCCUCAAUACAGUUUCCUAACCUGAAGAGAGAUGUGGACACUUCACCCUUGCUCCUGAUGGGUGCUGGUUAGCGCCUUGCAUGGCAGCUCCCGCCAUCAGUGUCUGAAUGUGUGUGAAUGGGCGAAUGUGGAAAUACUGUCAAAGCGCUUUGAGUACCUUGAAGGUAGAAAAGCGCUAUACAAGUAUAACCCAUUUAUCAUUUAUUAUAACCACGGGUCACUUCCAUGUCCUUUCGCAUGUGAUGGGUAUUAUUAAAUCAUUUGUUUUUGUGUUGAUUUCAAAAUGAUCCAUGUUUGUGGAGGGACUUGUUGAAGAAAUAAUAACAAAAUGGAAACUUUUUAUUGUUGUUUCAUCACAAUUUGCACACGGCCAAGUAAACAGUUUUGCAUGGUGGUACAACAAAUCACGUGAUGUUGCUUGAAAUUCAGAAUGUAUGUUUUUAAAUGUCAAAUAAAAACUGGAUACUUUUGAGAUGUUUUUGUUACAAUUAACCGUUUUAAAAUGAGUGAUUUGCACCAAGAAAAGAUGUCACGUGCUAAUGUAAUGACAUAAACCAGCCACUAGAGAGAACCCUAACAUUAUAAAUCAAAUUGCGGACGGUAGUUCCACAAAUGACCACUAGAUGACAGUGCUCGGUCAUUACGGGACUUGAAGGAAGGCGAGCAGCUUGAACUUGACCGUGAACUCGUCACGCUGCAAACUGAAUGACAAACACGCACACUGAUAAGACAAAUAUAAGUGUUAUACUGUAACUACAGUUUGAUUGUAGUCACGAAAUGCAUAUUUAAUAUUUAUUUUUACAAUAUAUUUAUUUGACACCAAUUUUUGCCCAGCGACUAAUUAGGAUGGAGUCUGUGUCAGAAGAUGUGGUUGCUAUAGAAACGUGCUAGGAUGCUAGAAGGAGGCAGUGUCAAUUUGCAUGUUGGACUCAUGGUCUCCUAGUCUCAUUUUAUAAAUAUUUUUAACCUCCAAUUUCUGUUCUUUAAUUGAAUCCUAAAUAGUGGUUUGCCACACCCCUAAUAACAAAUGUGAAAUGAUUCACUGACUUUUGUACUUAUUUUAAAAUACAAACUAAACAUAUCUCUCCUUUGGAUGU